GUAUUUGUAGCUUUUAGUUUAAAUUAAUUUAAUUUAAAUCUAUUCAAAUACUCGUUCCAAUUUUUUUUGUUUUUAGCUUAUUUUUAUUAGUAAGUCGAUAAGUGUUUAUGAACACUUCCUCGCGAAAAAUAGGAGUACUCUUCAGUUCCUUGACAUUCGGUGCAGUAGUUUGAUCAAAUAUUUGUUGGAUGGAAGCUAAAAAUGUACUCAUCUUUUAUUUCCCUUUUUAACUAACAAAAACUUGUAGAAAUAGUAAAUGAGAGUGAUGGAUUUGGGUUGCAUUGAGAGGGAGUAUAAUCUCACAUGCCGCUCACUAAUUUUUUCCUUUAUUGCAAAAAGGCCCCGCUCAUAUUCAUGAAUUUCACUCCAGUACAAAAAGUGUUAUUGCAAGAGGCUGUGUGUGACAGUUGAAUUUAUUUGCGCUUUUAACAGAACUGAUUGACAUGGGCCUGAGCUGAAGUUCUGUUAAGAUGAGCAGCAGCAGCAGCAUGAUGAUGAUGAUGGCCGCAGGAGGUGGAGGUGGCGGAAGGGGAGGCGGAGGCGGAGGCGGAGGGCGGUCGUGGCCUUCGACGACGUCCGUUUCGGCUUCCGGCAAGAGGAUACAGAAGGAGAUGGCCGAGCUGAGUAUGGACCCACCCCCCGACUGCUCCGCCGGACCCAAAGGCGACAAUCUCUACCAUUGGGUCGCCACUCUCUUCGGUCCCCCAGGGACACCUUAUGAAGGAGGCAUAUUUUUCCUUGAUAUAACAUUUCCCAGCGAUUAUCCUUUUAAACCUCCCAAGGUUGUAUUCAAAACUCGAAUCUACCAUUGCAAUGUUGAUUCUGCUGGCAAUGUUAGUCUGGAUAUCCUGAAAGAUGGCUGGAGUCCAGCUCUAACAAUCUCGAAGGUGCUGGUUGCUCUCAGAUCAAUAUUUACCAACCCUGAUGCCUAUAAACCCCUUGUUCAAGGUAUUGGCCACUUAUACUUGGCUGACAGGUCGAAGCAUGAUGAACUGGCUGCAGAGUGGACUCUACGAUUUGCAAGGUAACUGUAGUAAAGUUGAUAAACCGAUCCAAAGGUGCAGCUAUGAUCAGGCUGGAAAUUUUGAUCAUUCCAAAUGUGAACUGCAAAUCAAACCAAGCAAGUUGUUACUGGCCAUCUCCCAACUUGUGCCAUCACUCUGAUUACAUAUUGCAAAUUGCUACUGGCCUGUAACGUAGAGCUUUUUAUUUGGUAGAUCUACAUAACUUUCAUCUGCGCAUGUAACAGUCUAGUUGUAAUAUUUCAUGAGUACUUCCCAAAUUUAGACCUCUCAAAGGACUUCAAUCUUGUGGAAGUUGUGUUAUUCGAGAAAUUUUUGGUCAAUCAAAA